AUGAUUAAUCGCGGGUUACUUGAGCCCUCAAUUUGCCUGCCUGCUUUAAUAUCUAUUCAUGGCUUAUCGGUUAUCAUAUCUGUCCCCGAAAUGAAAAUUGCAAAUAAAACUUUGGUUCUCUGGCUAGGCAUAUUAAUCCAACUAGCCAUCGUCCAUUCCACUCCAAUUUUCGAAGACACGGGUGAUAUCAUUUCUAACUUAUCAAGUGUAGAUUUAGAUGAACCACUUGAGAUAAACCUUUAUAUUCGUAGUGAAACCAGAGCACCUGGUGGUGUUGCAAGACAAGUAGUUACCGUAAAUAGACGAUUUCCUGGUCCAGAAAUUUCCGUUUACAAAGGUCAAAAGCUAAAGAUUUGGGUGCAUAAUUUGUUCGGAAAUGGUAACGUAUCGCUACACUGGCAUGGGUUACCACAUUUCGGUUCACCUUUUAUGGAUGGAGCACCGUAUGUAACUCAAUGUUCUAUAAAGCAUGGUUAUUCUUUUGCCUAUGAAAUUGUGGCGAGAUAUUCGGGAACAUAUUGGUAUCACGGACACUAUUUCACACAGCUACUAGAUGGACUGUACGGUCCACUUAUUGUUAAAGAUACAAAAGAUCAAGAAAUUUUCGGAUACGAUGAUGAGACCACAAUUAUAAUGUCUGAUUGGUAUUAUGAUAUGUCGGAAGAUGUUAGUAACACAUAUGCAAACUAUAUCCACUACAAUUCAUAUGCCAACCCAAUACCUGAGCCCGUUCCAGAUAAUGGUUUGAUUAACGGGAAAAACGGGGAAUGCCCUCGUCAGUAUGGAUGCGAAUCUAAUGAUGGAUUUUCGGAAUUCAUUUUUAAACAAGGGAAACGAAUUCGCAUCCGCCUAAUUAAUGCAAGCUCAUUAAUGUCAUUUUUAUUCACAAUUGACGAUCACCUUAUUCAAAUAAUCGAAGUCGAAGGAACCAUUGUUAAGCCAUCGGAAAACUUACAUUUUGUAGCAGUUGGAGUAUCUCAACGAUAUUCUAUAAUUAUUAGUCAAGCCAACAGUUCAAUUCCAACCAACAACUAUUGGAUGCGUGCGAUUUUUCAGGCAGAGUGCCUAAGGUCCACGACUCCGCAGGAAGAAUUAAAGAAACUUCCGAAAGAAGUAAAAGCAAUCGUCCGUUAUGAUCCAGAUGAUAAAUCCCUACCUAGAACCCAAACUUGGGUUAAUGAAUCGGUAAGAUGCAUAGAGGGUGAAUUGACAGGGUUGGUCCCAUAUUACGAACAAAAUGUAUUGGAUCCAACCGUUGAAUUAAAGAUGCAAAUAAUAAUGGAUGUCGACUCUCCGGAAAAGAACGAGACCCCGCUGGGUUCUAUAGCCACUUUAUCAAGAGGAUUUAAUCCUCCUGUUGUUUUUACCAACAGUAAUACUAUUCUAGAGUUGUAUCGAGGAGCGGAGUUUCCUGUUUCGCUAAAUUCAUAUACAUUCGAGGCGAUCGAAGUUGUAGACAUUUUUUUGAUAAGUAAUGAGAAUUUAAACUCACUAAUAUUUUAUCAAUAA